UGGUUGCUAAGAGACGCGCUGUGUGGAUGUUGCCGAGGCGGAAGUAGAAUUCUCCAGAAUCUGAACGUGUGAAUUAAUUUGUGUAUUUAACGUUUUUAAUGAAGCCAGCGCGUUGGAUCACAUUGUGUGGUCGUUGUUGUAGCGUCAUGGUGAAGCUGAGGGCAAGAUGUCUGCUCGUCGGAGAUGCUGCCGUGGGGAAAAGUGCCCUCUCCCAUGUGUUCCACAGUGAUGGUACCCUCUUCCAGAAGAACUACAGCAUGACGACCGGAGUGGAGCUACUGGUAAAAUGUGUGAACAUCCCAGAGACCAGUGACAGUGUGGAGCUCUACAUCACCGACUCUGCAGGGAAGGAGACGUUAGUGGAAGCCUGCGAGAAAAUGUGGGGGGAGCCAUCUCUGCUGUGCCUGGUUUUCGACCUGACCAGCGAACAGUCGUUUGCCAACUGCAGCCGCUGGAUGGAGAGAGUGCGUGGUCACGUCCAGGGUCUCCAGGUUCCAGGCGUGCUGGUGGGCAACAAGUCCGACCUGUCCGCUCGAAGGGAGGUGCAGACAGCCGUGGCCCAGGACUGGGCCCAGAGCCAGGGGUUGGAUUACCACGAGACAUCAGCCAGGGAGAUGGAGAAUUGUGACGCUCCGCUCCUCAGCUUAGCCCGAACCUUCCAGUCUCUCUACCAAGAACGUCUGGAGAACAUCCAGAACCUGAGUCCAGGCUAGACCCGUCCCCCCCGCUCACACACGCACAUACACACCUUGACUUUUUCGACCAAUAGGAAAGAAGGCACGAUGUUUCAAGUCAUCAAACCUCAUCAGCUUUGUGGAUAAUAAAUGUGAAG